UGUAGAUGUAACCCUCCGCGUCACUCUCCGGACGACACCGUGGCCGCGCACGGUGCAGCACCUCUGCCCCCAAAACAACUUUUUUUUUUUACCCCACCAUUUCGAAUUGGACCCAGAAGAGGAUUUUCUGUACUUAGUUCGUAAAUUCUGAGGGAAAUUUUCUUGUUUUUUCCUCAGUUUUGGCCGCCCAGGAUAUUCGCGCAGUGAUACCAGCCCUGCACUCGCCUCCAAAGUUUGUGUGGGACGGGAAAGGAGGGCAAGAAUUUGGAGCUGGGGGACAACACGGGACACGGACCACAUUCGCUCGGAUUUCUGGAUUUUUUGGACCGUUCCUUCCCCGUUUGGAUUACCCAGCAGAUCUAUGUGGAUUCUCAGAAGACGGAGGUAGCGUUAGGAGAGGCAUGAGGAGCCUUUUCGCCGUGGUUUUGCUGCUGGCCGCGGCCGGACCGGCCCUUGUCCAAGGGCUGGUGUGUCAGGCAAACAACUCGCCUUGUUUGAACGGAGGUAUCUGUGAAACGGAUUCGUCAGGACAAGGAUCUUGCGUAUGUACUGAUGGCUGGGUUGGUGAGUACUGUCAGGAGGUGGACCCGUGUGCGAGUAACCCUUGCCGCCACGGCGGAACGUGCGUGGUUCACGACAACGCCACGUGGUCCUGCGACUGUCCGCUGGGCUACCGGGACAUGAUCUGUCUCACGGUCGUGGACAACCCCUGCGUGACCAACCCGUGCAACAAUGGAGGCACCUGCGAACUUAUCACCAUAGACGAGUACAGAUGUAACUGUCAGCCAGGGUAUACAGGUGACACGUGUGACGUGGUGGAGCAUUGCUACAGCCAGCCGUGUAAGAACGGGGGCACCUGCACCUCCACCGAGAGUGGCUACACCUGUGCGUGUCUGGGCGGAUUCGAGGGGAGCACCUGCCAGACAGACAUCGACGAGUGUGCAGGUACGAACCCGUGUCAGAGUGGAGGACAGUGCCAGAACACCAUGGGUUCCUUCACCUGCACGUGUCCCAAGGAGCGUACAGGGCGUCUGUGCGAGGAGGAGUACAUCCCGUGUUCUCCAUCGCCAUGCCAACACGGAGGCACCUGCGAGUCCGUGGACACGUACGAGUACACGUGCCACUGCAUGUCAGGUUUUACCGGUGAUGACUGUGAGGUAAACGUAGACGACUGUGUGGACCAUCUGUGUGAAAACGGGGCAGCUUGUGUGGACGGGGUGAACGAGUACACCUGCACAUGUCCCAGUGAGUGGCAAGGUCGAUACUGUAAUGAGGAUGUGGACGAGUGUAUGCAGUCUCCCAACAUCUGCUUGAACAGCGGAACGUGCCACAACACGGUGGGGGGUUACAGCUGUGUCUGUGUAAACGGGUGGAUCGGCGACGAUUGUAGCGAGAACUUUGAUGACUGCGCCACGGCGGCGUGCUUCCACGGAGCUACCUGUCACGACCGUGUUGGAUUCUUUAUGUGCGAGUGCGCACCUGGGAAAACUGGUCUUUUGUGCCACCUUGACGAUGCUUGUGAGAGUAGCCCCUGUAACGAGGGUGCCAUCUGCGACACCAACCCCGUCAACGGCCAGCCCAUCUGUACCUGUCCCGACGGCUACGCGGGCCAGCUCUGUAUGCAGGACAUCGACGAAUGUUCUCUGGGCGAGAACCCCUGCGAACACGACGGAGAAUGCAACAACGUCCCCGGUUCCUUCACCUGUACGUGUACGGACGGGUUUACCGGCGACCGUUGCGAGGUGAACAUCAACGAGUGCGCUUCGAAUCCGUGUCAAAACCAGGGCACUUGCAUCGACGAUAUUGGAGAGUUCCGGUGCGCCUGCAUGCCGGGAUUCGCCGGGGAUCUCUGCGAGACCGACGUCGACGAGUGCGCGAGCUCCCCGUGUCUGAACGGGAUCUGCCGCGACGGAAUCAACAAGUACGAGUGCGAGUGUGACCCCGGCUACGAAGGCACGACCUGCGAAGUCAACAUCAACGAGUGUGCGAGCGGGCCUUGUCGUAAUGGCGCUCACUGCACAGACUUAGUAACCGCGUACACCUGCACCUGUUUGGAAGGGUUCACUGGCACAGACUGUGAGAUUAACAUUGACGACUGCCAGUCGAACCAGUGCCAGCACGGUACCUGUGUGGAUGAAGUGGCUUCGUUUACGUGUUCGUGCGAGCCUGGUUAUAACGGCCCCCUGUGCGAGUCCCCAGUUGACGAGUGUGACAGCGAUCCCUGUCAAAACGGUGGCACGUGUGAGGAUCUUGUCAAUGGAUAUCGCUGUAACUGCCUGCCUGGAACGUCAGGAGACAACUGUGAAGUGAACCAGGAUGACUGCACAGGUAACCUUUGUGUACACGGCGUGUGUCAGGACGGCCUCAACACCUACACAUGCAUGUGUGACGGGGGAUACGAAGGUGAGAACUGUGAAAGUGAGAUUGACGAGUGUGCGUCGUCCCCCUGCCACAACGGUGGGAUCUGCCAUGACCUGGUGAAUGCCUUCAGCUGCGAGUGUCCGCCCGGCUAUCACGAUCUGCUCUGUUACUCCAACGUUAACGAGUGUGAGAGCAGUCCAUGUGAACAUGGCACAUGCCAGGAUGGCAUCAAUGACUACACCUGUACGUGUGAGACCGGCUAUGAAGGGAAGAACUGUGAUGUGAACAUAGACGAGUGUGCAUCUAACCCCUGCCAACAUGAGGGGCAGUGUGAUGAUGGCAUCGGGAGGUACGAAUGCCAGUGCCUCCCUGGAUACGAAGGUGUGAACUGCCAGAUCAACACAGACGAGUGCGGCAGCAACCCUUGUCAGAACGGUGGACAGUGUUUGGACGGAGUCAACAACUACCAGUGUCACUGUGAGCUUCCCUUCGUGGGAAUAAACUGCCAGAUAGAACUGGCGCCGUGCAACCCCAACCCCUGCGCAAACUCAGGCUCCUGCAUUCCCUCUGCCGACUACCAGACCUUCACUUGCGACUGUGCGGAAGGAUUUGAAGGUGAAACAUGUGCUGACGACAUAAACGAGUGCCAGUCCAACCCGUGUAAGAACGGAGCGCCCUGUAUCAACCUGGAGGGAGACUUCCGCUGUGACUGUCUCACCGGAUUCAGCGGAGAACUCUGCUCUGUCAACAUAGACGACUGCGAUCCUGAUCCUUGCCAUAAUGGUGGAACCUGUAACGACGGCAUCAACAGCUACACCUGCUCCUGUAUGCCUGGCUUCGGAGGCACGAAUUGUGAGGAAGACAUCGACGAAUGCUACUCGAACCCGUGCCAGAACGGAGGACAGUGUAUAGACGCGGUGAACGGUUAUGCCUGUGACUGUGUGCUGGGAUUCAUUGGAACCAACUGUCAGACCAACAAGGAUGACUGUACCUCGAGCUCCUGCUUUAGCGGUGGAACCUGUAUCGACGGCAUCAACACCUUCACCUGCCAGUGUCCGCCCGGCUUCACCGGCUCCAACUGCCAGCAUGAGAUCAACGAGUGUGAGUCCCACCCCUGUCAGAACGGGGCGACGUGUGUGGACCAGACUGGGUACUUCUCCUGUAUCUGUACAUACGGAUACGAGGGGGUCACAUGCCAGAACCAGAAGGACCUGUGUGCAUCGGACCCCUGCCGUAACGGAGGAACGUGCACCCAGUCAGGCGAUCGUUAUGAGUGUCUGUGUGAGGAUGAGUGGACUGGACUCAUCUGUGACAUGACCAAAGUGUCCUGUGCAGCCGCAGCUUCUGAGAGAGGCGUUCUGCUGGGCGAGUUGUGCCAGAACGGGGGCAGCUGCGUCGACACCGGCAACAGCCACAACUGCAACUGUCCCGCCGGCUACCGCGGCAGCUACUGCUCUGAGGAGAUCGACGAGUGCGCGUCCUCGCCAUGCCAGAACGGCGCGCAGUGUCGGGACGGGCUGGGCACGUACAGCUGUGUGUGCAGGGCUGGGUACCAGGGCGUGAACUGUGAACAGGAGAUAAAUGAGUGCAUCUCUAACCCCUGCCAGAACGGGGGAACGUGUAUCGACAUGGUGAACGAGUACAGGUGCUCCUGUCCUCCAGGGACUCAGGGACUUCUUUGUGAGAUCAACAAUGACAACUGCUUCGCUGGCGCCUGCUACCACGAUGGAACCUGCGUUGACGGGAUCGGAGAAUUCACCUGUCGCUGUCGGCCGGGUUACGUUGGCCCACGUUGUGAGGGUGACGUAAACGAGUGUCUGUCCAACCCAUGCGACGCGGAGGGAACCCAGGACUGCGUACAGCUGGAGAACGACUAUCGCUGCGACUGCAAGCCGGGGUACACCGGAGGGCGGUGCGAGAGGACCGUGGACUCGUGUGAGUCGGACCCCUGCCUGAACGGAGGGGCGUGCUCACAGAGCGGGAACAACUAUGUCUGUGACUGUCAACCUGGUUUUGGCGGAGACAACUGCGAGCUAGUCUGCGACCGAGAGUGUAAGAACCGCGGGCAGUGCCUGUACACUGACGGCGAGUUCCGCUGUUCCUGUCCAAGCAACUACGCUGGGGAUAGCUGCCAGUUCCACGAGAGUAACCCCUGCUUUAGCUUACCGUGUUACAACAACGGGGAGUGCCAGCAGACAGGGAUAGACUCCUACCGCUGUAUGUGUCCUGAGGAUUACAACGGACUCGUGUGUGAGAUCUACAUCCCUGAUGUUACACCUGGUCCUGGUGUCACCAUGAUUCCUCCACAUAUAGAGCCAAGUUGUCCCUUCGAGCAUUGUGCCAGCAAGGCCAGAGAUGGGCGGUGUGACGAGGAGUGUAACAUCCACGAGUGUGACUGGGAUGGUACGGACUGCGCCCUGGGAAACAAUCCCUGGGCCAACUGCACCUCCUCUCUCCAGUGCUGGAACUACUUCUCCAACGGACACUGUGACCAGCAGUGUAACAACGAGGAGUGUUUGUACGAUGGAAGGGACUGCGAGGAAAAUCCUCAUCCCACGUGCAACCCUGUGUACGACACGUACUGCGGAAACUUCUUCCGAGACGGGAACUGCGACAGCGGCUGCAACAACCUAGAGUGCGGCUACGACGGCGGGGACUGUGAUGAGGAUUACCCGCCCGUCACGGCGAAGGGGUACCUGGUGAUGAUCGUAGCUGCUCCGCCUGAAGUCCUGCUCAACAACUCCAUCUCCUUCCUCAGGAUGUUAAGCAUCAUCUUGAGAAGCUCCAUGUCCUUUAAGGUGGAUGAUGAAGGAAACCCGAUGGUUUACCCAUGGUACGGUGAAGAGGUGGAUGAGACCAUCAGCAAGCGAGCGAUCCGCUCAGUGUUCAGGGCUCUCAGUGGCCGGUACAGGCGAGCUACAGAGUCUGAAGUCCAAGGCUCCAUAGUGUACCUGGAGAUGGACAACAGCAAAUGUUACCGGGUUCACGACGACUGUUUUGAAACAGCGAAGGAGGCAGCAGACUUCCUGGCUGCCCUGUUCCUCCACAACGGACUGUCACAGCUCAACUACCCAGUCAAGUCCCUCUACAGUGGAGAUGACCCAGAGCCUCCAAGUACGCCCACCUUCAACCCCCUGUACGUGGUGGUGGCCGCGGUGGGGAUACUACUGGUCAUGGUGGGCCUGGGCGUGCUGAUGACCACCAAGCGCCGACGGGAGAGCGGACAGCUCUGGUACCCCGAGGGCUUCAAGCUGACCAAGGAGAGCAGGAAGGAUGCACGGAGGUCCACACGCAGGAGGGACCCGGUCGGUCAGGAGGUCGGGAUGAAGAGCUUCACACCACAAGGUGCAACUGCUGCCAAUGUAGACGACAACGAUAACGAAACCGUUCGCGACUCUUCAGCCUGGGAAGACGACAUGGUGCCACCGGAGGCCAAACGAAUGAAGACCCAGCAGCCAACACCUGGCAGCGACGCCACCGCCGACCAGACCCUGUCGGAUUACGACGACACGGACCACCGGCAGUGGACCCAGCAGCACCUACACGCAGCAGACAUCCGUAACCCCGCCUGCCUGGCUCAGGUCGCACUCACACCGCCACAGACAGAGGGGGAGGCAGACCCGUGCUCCGUGGAUGUCAAUGUUAGAGGACCUGAUGGCCUGACGCCCCUGAUGCUGGCUUCGUUCCGAGGCGGAGGUCUGGAGUAUGUGGAGGACCACCAGGAGGACGGAGAGGACGAGUCUGCUAACGUCAUCACUGAUCUACUCAUGCAGGGGGCCAACAUCAACGCACAGACGGACAGGACUGGAGAGACAUCGCUGCACCUUGCUGCCCGCUACGCUCGUGCAGACCGUGCCAAGCGACUGCUGGAUGCUGGAGCUGACGCCAACGCUCGUGACAACACCGGCAGGACCCCACUACAUGCUGCAAUCGCCUCCGAUGCACAGGGAGUUUUCCAGAUCCUUUUGCGCAACAGAGCGACGGACUUGGACGCUCGGACCAACGAUGGCACUACGCCCCUGAUCCUGGCAGCCCGUCUGGCUGUGGAGGGAGUGGUGGAGGAACUGCUCAACUCACACGCUGAUGCUAAUGCUUGUGAUGACAACGGCAAGUCAGCUCUGCACUGGGCUGCAGCCACGAACAAUGAGGAAGCAGUCAUCAGCCUGCUGAGCCACGGAGUCAACAAGGAUGUACAGGAUAACAAGGAGGAGACCCCACUGUUCCUGGCAGCCAGAGAAGGCAGCUUCCAGGCCGCCAAAAUCCUCCUGGACCACUAUGCCAACCGCGACAUCACUGACCACAUGGACAGGCUUCCGCGCGACAUCGCCCAGGAGCGCAUGCACUCCGACAUCGUCAAGCUGCUGGACGAGUACAACCUGGUUCGAAGCCCGUCCCAGGCCGCAGCCAACUGCCAGAACAGCUUCGGAGGGCACCACUUCAUGAACGGGCCGACCACCAAGCAGCAGAGGGCCAAGCCGAAGAGACCGAACAAGGGGAUGCAGCACCACACGAUUGCGCGCGCGGACGCCUCCAAGAUGCGUCGGAAGAAGAAGCUUGAGGGCACGGGGACGAUGCCGCGACACAUGGACUCCACCGCGCUCUCUCCGGACGGCUCUCUCGGCGGUUCGCCGCACGGCUACAACACCGGGGAGACUCCCCCGCCGAAUUCCAUGUACGGCGUCGGUAGCCAGCACCUGGCGUUGUCUCACCCCAACCUACACGGGGUGGACACGGUCCCCCACACAACCAGUACCCCACAGAUCGUCAACAGCUUCAGCUUCACCAACGGUCAGCCCAUGCCGCGCCUCUCCCACCACACCGCCGACUCCAACUCCCACCAGGACCAGUCUACUCUGCGAGGAGGGGAGACAGGGUUGGGUCUGCACCUGGAUCCUCCGGUGAGCGUGCCCAGCGACUGGCUCGCUUCGCUGGACUCAAGAAACCACCACUACACCCAGUUCUCGCCCCGGAUGCACAUGACGCACGCUGGGCUGAACCACAUGCCGCAGCAGAGCCAGAGCCCACCGUCCGGCCUCCUGUCACCUCCUCACAGCCACGGCAGCAUCACUGGCGGCUCGCCUGCCCAGAUGGCCGCCUUCCAGGCUCUCUCGUCGUCCAACGCGAAGCAGCAGCAGCUCGCGCAUCAGAGCAACCACCACAACAACCACCGGAUGUACCACGACCAACACGGCAACGCGCACGGAGGCAGCCCACUGGGAGGCGGCGGGCGCAUGCACGACCCGGGCAUUCCACUCAACGUCAUCCCUCCGGGCGAGCUGCCGCCGCACUCGCACCAGACUGUGCUCCCGCCCGGCUCGUGCGCUCAGCAGUUCUCCUCCAACAAUCCUGCCGAGCAGCUGCCCACCCCGCCCUCCCAGCACUCGCACGGGAACCCACAGAGCCACGAGUGCACCCCCACCCACUAUCUCUCCCACGCUGAGACUAUCGUCCCCGAAAACUACCUGACCCCCUCCCCGGACUCCCCAGACCAGUGGUCCAGCUCGUCCCCGCACUCCGCUACAUCGGACUGGUCGGACGGGAUCUCGAGUCCGCCGGCAGCGCAGAGCCAGCGCCAACCUUACAUUCCCGAGACACACAACACGAGACAAGGAGGGCACAGCGCGUUGCCUGUGUUCAUCUAGUAGUGUACUGGUUACUUUGAUAAGAUUGUACAACAACGCAGAGAGAAAUGUGUAAAAUAUUUUUGUACUGAUAUUGUGCCAGAGGAAUUUUACCUAGAAACCUUAAAUAAUACACUUUGUGGGUAGGAAAAAGAAGUAACAAGUAUAAGACAUGUCCAAGGGCUGCCUUAGUUCUUUCUGUUUCUCGUUUACAUUCGUCAUGGAAGACAGAUGUAUUAACCAUAGAAAUGUCCAGCUAUCUCUUAUUUAUUAUAUGUACAUUUUGUGUUGCCUUCCAUACUUAACUAGCUCUACGUUGAUACAUGUAAGGCUGAUGAAACGUUUCCAGUAGUAGAAUGUACAGCACUUGGUGGUUAAAGUUCGGGCAGUUGUAUCUGCCGCGGAGUUUGAAACUUAUUUUGAUGUGUAUAUAAGGAUCUUUUAUUUUGAGUUUUAAAGUCUUGCCAUGUGGUGGGAUAGGGUCGUAAACUACGAAGAAGAAAAAAAAAACACAGUAAAUUUUAACAGGUUGUAAGUGCUGAAGUUUCUAGCGUCGAAUCAUGAUGUUAUAUAGAGUCAACUUUUUGUAAAAGAGGUUUAAGAAUCAUGACAGAAUCAUGGAGAGUAUGUGAGAAGGAAAAUUUUACAAGAGAGCAAUAGCUAAUGAAGGUUUUGGGUGAUUUUCAUAGGUGCUAAGAGCUGUUCUCAUACAUAGAGUUGAAAUUUAACGAAUGCGUGCUUCCAAUCGAGCGCUUCCUCAUUUUUAUCGGGGCCUACAUUUUUUUACAAGGUGCACGAGUUCUUAAAUGGUUUAUUUCUUGGACACCAACAACCAAAGAUGGGAAAAUUUAUCAGUUUAGCACACUGCCGAUUGCAUUUUUAAUAGCUUCCCUUGUAUGGGGCAAAAGCUUUUGUGGAAGUCUCAAAGCCACAAGCUUUGAUAUCUGAUUUUUAUGGUUUGACGAAAAAUAGUCUGUAUAUGUGUAUUAUUAGUUCUCAUUUCUUCACGCUUGAACAGCAAACGAUCACUUAUCAACCAUAGCCUGCAUCUGUACAUGUACUCAUAUAUUUACUGUACCUUUCAGUAUUUUUUAUAGAGAAUAUUUUAGUUCAAAGUGACCUUUUGAACUUAACGACUUAUUCCAGUUUCUGUAAUUUCAGUAGUUUAGCGGAUCAGAAACAAUCGACCAACUGUAUACUAAUUUCUACCAGUCAACAGAUAUAAAUAAAAAAAGGGUCACUAUUCAUAAU